AUGAAGACCUCCACAGCUGCCCUUGCUAUACUCCUUGUGGCUGUCCUCUGCUAUCAGGCCUCCUCUUCCCCAUGGGGUGUCAGGUUUGGUUCCUGCUGCUACAAGUAUGCAACCAAAGAAGUUCCCUUGCACCGCAUAGUGAAGUAUGAAUACACAGGCAGCCACUGCCACCAGCCAGCCGUGAUAUUUACCACAGUCCAAAGAAAGAGGGUCUGUGGCAGACCUGGUGAUAAGUGGGUCCAGGACAUCCUGAAUCACCACAACAACGCAGGCAGUGGAUAAGCAACACCGUGCUUCCUCCAAGC